AAUGUGCCUUGCUUCACAGAAAUAUCUCAUUCAGUGGUGUCUGUGGAGCAAGUGCCGCAUAUGAACGAGAUGAUAUAUUCGAUGGACUCAACGGAUUGAUCAGCCCAGAAUUUCCCGAUGUUAUCCCAAGGAAGACGCCAUACCCGCAGGGAUGAAUAUCAAGGGCAUGGAAGAAGAAGAAGAGGAGGACAAAGAAGACAGAUGGGAUUUGAACGAUUAAGAGAUCUCAUAGAUGAAGACAAUUUAGAAAAUAUAACCCUGGAACUGGCAAGUGAUAAGAGUGGCUUUGAAUCAAUGUUACAUAGUCAUUCUAUGACAUUUGAUGAAAUCAGGCUUGUACUUGCUGUGGUUGACAAAACAUGCAGUACAGAUCACAAGGAAGGACUGAAAAAGGUCCUGAAGACACUAUGCACAUCAGGUUUUCUGGAUACACAUCUUGUGAACUUUUUUGAACGGCUUAACCACUAUGACGAGAUUGCAGACUACACUAAUCAUGUGUUUGUUAUAUGUGAGGAAAUACUGAAGAAAAGCCCAAGGUAUGCAGGGAAAUGCGUUGAUGCUUUGCAACGUAUUGGAUGUGCUUUCAGUGAUUGCGAUAUUAUCCAUGAUAACCCAGAACUCGAAGCACAUAGAGCGGAGCUGGAGAGGACAUGCAUUCAGCAUGUAGUAUUUGGUCAAGGCAGAAGUGACGAAGAGGAACCACCAGACAAUUACAGGAACCUUGAGAUGUUUCCCAGUUCGCAGGACCUGUUGUCAGAUGAGCAGCCAUUCCUGAGACAGAACAAAGACAAGGGAGCCUACUCUAACUUAGACACCUACCUUGAUGUUCAGUUCCGGUUAUUAAGGGAGGAUUACAUCCAGCCAUUGAGGAAAGGCAUACUGGAGUACAAACAAAGCAGAUUUGACAAAGCUCCGAACAAAGUUGCAGAUACAUGGUUGUAUCAUGAUGUUCAAAUAAUGCGCUCAGUUUGUUCUGAUGACAUUGACACUAGGUUGACUUUUGAUGUUUCUCGUGUUGGAAGAAUUCGAUGGCAGUCAAGUAAACGGUUGAUCUAUGGUUCACUAGUGUGUCUCUCAAGGGACAACUUUGAGACCAUGCUCUUUGCAACUGUUACAAAUAGAACUGUCCGCGAUUUAUUAAAGGGGAACAUACAGGUAAGGUUUGAGCAAGAUUUUGACAUUGUUCUCAACAUAUCGCCAACUGACACAUUUGUUAUGGCUGAAACUCCAGCUUAUUUUGAAGCUUAUAGGCACGUCCUUUCAAGGCUCCAACAGAUUGAAGAUUCACUUCCAUUCCAACGCUAUCUUGUUCAUUGUGAAACAAACAUCCAGCAGCCAGGAUAUUUAAAUCGUGAUGUGCGAUACGAUAUGAGUGCUCUUGGAAAAUACACGGACAAUCUUACAUCAGUACCAGUACUAAACACAAGCAAAUGGCCACCACAAAGGUCUUAUGAUCUGAAUGAGGUUCAGCUACAGGCAGCAAAGACAGCUCUCGCUAAGGAACUAGCCAUUAUUCAGGGACCACCAGGCACAGGCAAGACAUAUGUAGGGUUGAAGAUCAUGCAAGUUCUCUUGAAAAACAAGGACCAUUUAGGGUCCAACAGUGGGAUCCUCGUUGUGUGUUACACCAAUCAUGCCUUGGACCAGUUCCUUGAAGGAAUACACAAGUUCCAUCCACAUGGUAUCAUUCGAGUUGGAGGGCGAAGCAGUAGCACAAUUCUUGAACCUUACAACCUGAAAGAGCUUCGCAUGGACAGAAGAAGAAAGAAAAGAAUGAGGCAAAUUGUUCAUGAUAAUUUUUUGGAAUGUAAAGACAAAAUGGCAGCUAUCAAAAACACAGUUGAAGAAGUUGGUUGUAGAAUCGAGGCAAGCAUGCUCGGUGUUCUUCAUGAGGAUACAUUGAGGCCACACAUGGAAAGUCAUCACUGGAGGAGCCUGUUAAACAGGUUCAGAGUGGGCAAACAAUCGGCAAUUUUAUCAUGGCUUGAGUUUAAACACCUGCCAGUGAGUACUGGUGUUCAAACAACAUUCCAGCGACUCAUAGAUGAGUGGACAAGAGCAAUUCUUGAUUUUGUCAGAUGUAAAGAAUCAGCCAUGGAGGAUCCGUCUUAUGCUGGUGAUAUUUUGUCGAUGCCAUUUGUUGACAGAGCUCAUGUGUACAAAAUAUGGCUCGAUAAAUUCAGACAAAAUGUCACUCGGGAAAAGGGAAAAAUUGAGAAAGAGUGUCAAGCUGAAACAGUUAUCAAAGGUAAAGGUAAAGACUUCAUACUUCGAAAGUUGACUGCUCAGCUCAGACAAGCAGCGAUGGCUAUACUACCAGAUGCCUGCUUACAACAGUUUGUUCCAAGACGGGCGUACGACCUUAUCAAGGACACAUACUCUGAAUAUCAUGAUGAAUACUCAAUAAAAUUUGGCUUGGAGCUACACCUCAUGUAGAUGUAGCUGAAGUUGACCU